CUAGUAUCUAUCUACUAUCUUCCACACUCCUCCCUUCUCCCUUCUCUCUUCUCCCAGUCCCAUCCAUUUCUCUUCAUACACCAUCCAAGAUGAGCGGUUCCAAUGCUGUCGCCGAAAAUAUGCUCUGGGGAGGUCGAUUUACCCGUAAGCUCCCCUUUUUCUGCACAAUGGCUUUCCAAUGGCCCUGCGACUAAUCCACACUUCUGGCUUCUCUAGAGGGUCUCGACCCCCUGAUGGUGCAAUACAACAUGUCUUUGCCCUAUGACCGCAUCUUCUGGAAGCAGGAUAUUGCCGGGUCCAUUGCCUUUGCCCGGGCCAACACCAAGUCCGGCAUCCUGUCCGCGCAUGAGUUCUCUGAGAUCGAGCGAGGCUUCAAGCAGAUCGCCGAGGAAUGGAGCACAAACACAUUUGUCGCCAAGGAGAAUGAUGAGGAUAUUCACACUGCCAAUGAGCGUCGUCUUUCGGAGAUCAUUGGCAAGGAUAUUGGGGGAAAGCUGCACACGGGUCGGUCCCGGAACGAGCAGAUCGCCACGGACAUGCGGUUGUGGCUGCGAGAUGAGCUGCGCAAGCUGGAAACCUUCCUAAGCGACCUCGUCAAAGUCUCGAUUGCCCGCGCGGAGACCGAAAUUGAAUACAUAAUGCCGGGCUACACCCAUCUUCAGAAGGCCCAGCCCGUUCGCUGGAGUCACUGGCUUCUGUCGCACGCGACCGCCUUUGGCAGCGAGCUCCAGCGUCUACGGGAGGUCAUCAAGCGGGUCAACCGCAGUCCUCUAGGCACUGGUGCUCUCGCAGGAAACCCCUUCCAGAUUGACCGGGAGGCCAUGGCUCAGGAGCUCGGCUUUGAGGGUCUUUUGUACAACUCGAUGAAUGCCGUGGCCGAUCGUGACUUCGCCAUGGAAACCAUGCAAUGGGGCAGCUCCUUCAUGCUAAAGAUUUCUCGCUGGGCAGAAGAUCUGAUCAUCUACAGCAGUCUAGAAUUUGGCUUCGUCCGGUUAUCCGAUGCUUACUCUACUGGUUCGUCGUUGAUGCCUCAAAAGAAGAACGCAGACAGCCUGGAGCUUCUGCGCGGAAAGGCCGGUCGCGCCUUCGGACAAAUGGCUGGCCUGAUGUGCACCAUCAAGGGGCUUCCCACCACCUACAACAAGGAUCUGCAGGAGAGCGUGGAACCUCUUCUCGACCACAUCAAGACCGUCGGUGAUAGCAUCCAGAUCGCCACCGGCGUCCUCUCCACUCUCACUAUCAUCCCCGAGAAGAUGACCGCCGCCCUGGCGCCCGAAAUGCUCGCCACCGAGAUCGCGGACUAUCUCGUCCGCAAGGGCGUGCCUUUCCGCGAGGGCCACCACAUCUCCGGUCGUGUUGUUGCGCUGGCUGAGAAGCACAACGUUCCCAUGGACACCCUGUCAUUGGAGCAGCUUCAGACAGUCGACUCUCGCUUCAAUGAUGAUGUCCGUGCUUGCUUGGAUUAUGACCGUGCGGUCGAAUUGAAGGAUGCUGUCGGUGGUACGAGUCGUCGGGCCGUGUUGGAACAAACUGGUGUGCUGCGUGGAUUGCUGUGAACGGAUUCUUUUCUCAUGGUUUUGGGGUUCUUCUGUUGGGUUGAGGCAAAAGUUAGCGGGUCUGUCUUGAUAGAGAUUUAUUGAUAUACAAAUGUGAGAUAUAUAUGGGUUAUAAUAUCG